AUGGGGAAGCUGAAUGUGGUAUUGCUUCGGUACCUAUCAAGAGAUGACUUCAGAGUGCUGACCGCGGUGGAAAUGGGUAUGAAGAACCACGAGAUAGUGCCUGCAAGUUUAAUAGCCUCUAUAGCCAGUCUCAAGCAUGGUGGUUGCAACAAAAUUCUGCGGGAGCUGGUAAAACACAAACUCGUUUCAUAUGAGCGUACAAAGACUGUUCAGGGUUACCGGCUAAUAUACGGAGGUUAUGAUUAUCUGGCACUCAAAACUCUGUCUUCCCGGGAUGUUGUCACUUCAGUUGGAAACCAAAUGGGUGUUGGAAAAGAAUCAGACAUCUAUAUUGUUGCAAAUGAAGAAGAGCAGCAACUUGCAUUAAAACUUCAUCGUCUUGGAAGAACUUCCUUUCGCAAUCUUAAAAAUAAGCGGGAUUAUCACAAACACCGGCACAAGAUGUCAUGGCUCUAUCUGUCACGCCUGGCUGCCAUGAAGGAGUUUGCAUAUAUGAAGGCUUUAUAUGACAGAGGGUUCCCCGUUCCGAAACCACAUGACUACAACAGGCAUGCGAUUGUUAUGGAGCUUAUAAAUGGCUAUCCCUUGUGCCAGGUCCGUCGCUUAGAAGACCCAGCUUCAUUGUACAGUGAGUUAAUGGAACUCAUUGUCAAACUUGCUAAUCAUGGCUUGAUCCACGGAGACUUCAACGAGUUUAAUCUCAUGUUGGAUGAUGAGGACCAUGUCACCAUGAUUGAUUUCCCACAAAUGGUGUCUACAUCUCAUCCAAAUGCUGAAUGGUAUUUUGACAGAGAUGUGAAAUGUAUACGAGAUUUCUUCCUAAAGCGCUUCAAUUACGAAAGUGAACUUUUUCCAACUUUCCGGGAUAUCCAGAAAGAAUGCUCUCUUGACGUGGAAAUUGCAGCUAGCGGCUAUACAAAAGAAAUGCAGGAGGAUGAUGAUCUCUUACAACCAGAAGGCCCAGAUUAUGAGAAGCAAGAUGCAGACAUUACUGGACCACCAACAGAAGAUUUUCAAUUAGAACCUGAUCUUGGUAGCAAUAAUGACAUGAGCUUAUCUGAAGCCAUGCAUGGCACAACCCUGAGAGAAGCUGCACCCACUUCUGAACCAGAAUUCAGAAAUGACAAAUGUAUAGACUUGUCAGAGUUUCACAGUGCUUUGGCAGAACUGGACGGUCAGACUGGUGAUGGCAAAUGCAAGUCUAAUACAGAAAACCAUGCAACUUCUGCUGCUGAUGAUGAUGACAGGCUUAAAAAGAACAGUUCAGACGAUGAUUUUGAAAGUCAAGACAGUGAUGAUCUAGAUGAAAAUGAAGAUGAAUGUCCGGAUCUUGUAAAUCUCUCUGGAACAAAUAAAGAAUACAGACCCUUCAGGUAA